AUGGCGGCGUGUGUUCCAUUCUGCACUGUACUUCUGUUGACCAGCCUGCUCCCAGCCUCACAGGCCCAUAGAAACCUCGUGGUCUUGUCCGAAAACGUCACAAUACGUGAGGAUGCGUCAGUCGGCAGUACAGUCAAGCGUCUGACAGAUGUUGUUGACAGCGUAAGCUUUGAAGAAGACAGUGGCACAUUCUGGACAGUGAAUAUCACCCAAGGUGAUGCAUUUGGACGGUUUGGGGUGGAUGUUGAGACCUUGACGCUAACAGUUGCAGCACCGCUGGACUACGAGUUAACCCCGCUAUACAAUCUGUCCCUGGAGCUGACAAAUACUAGAGAAAGCAGCUUUUGGCAUGUAAACCUCCUUGUCUUGGUAAUGGACGUACCGGGAUACCCACCUUGCUACAACAAGCGGUGUGAAACACCCAUUCUACCUGGUCAUGACACAACAGAGAACUAUAUGGUAAUGAGCAGUAAUGGAUAUUUCCAUAUAAUAUAUAAUGGAGACACACGACCGUACCCUGACUUUCUACCAUACUGGCGUUACGAGGCCGUUAAUGCUGCCAUGCACGAAGACUGCUCCCUGCGACUGUGCGUUGCUCUGACCAAACUAAGCCCUGAUGCACAGGUGUUCCUCCCGGCACUUGACCAGCGUCAUCAGGGCAGAAUCGAGUUCAAAUGUCACGACAGACAGUUACAAAGCAAAGGCAACCUGGUAGUUGUCGAUAUUGCCUUGAAUAAUACGUUGCCUGCGUGGGCGACACAGAAUGAUCAGUGCAACAUGACAGAAGGUUUCCGUUAUGUUUCGCUUUUAGAGCUCAAUGAUAUUUGGUCCAGUUCUUCGUAUUUGGUACAGUGUGGAACUAAUGUCACGUUAGAGGCAGUGAGUGGUUUGACAAUGCCCUUUAAAUUGGAGUCCGUACAUGAGUUCAAUAUUACAGGAUGUCCUGUGGGUAAAUACGGUCUGUACUGUGAUAAAGACUGUGUUUGUAAGAGCGGUGCUCGGUGUCAUGGCUUUAACGGUGCCUGUGAGUGCCGCCCGGGUUGGAGAGGGAGGGCCUGUGACAUCCCAUGGCCCGAGGUCGCCAUCAUCGCGACCCCUGGCGAUUUAGACGUAAAGUACAUUGGUACAAAUCUGACCUUGACCUGCCUGGCUCCACACAUCGACGUAGGAAAAAUAACAUGGCUUUAUCAAGCAACAAACAAAGGUCCCAACACAAAAAUCAUUGAAGAAAAGGCGGUACAGAACAGUUCCAUCAACUUUCAGCUCUCAGAAUCAGACAAUGGUGAGUACACUUGUGAGACAAAAGCUACAGGCGGGGGAGUAUUUAAUGCAACUUUCGUCAUAAACGCCACUGAAUGUCCUCCAAAUCGUUACGGGGAGUUUUGCAGACAGGUGUGUGACUGUGAGUACGGAGGGACAUGUGACAGGUGGGAGGGAUGUCUGUGUCCUCCCGGUCGUCAUGGAGACAGGUGUGAGGGCAUCUGUGCACCUGGCACCUUUGGGCUGAACUGCAGCGGGAAUUGUUAUUGUCAAAACAACACCCCGUGUGACCCGGUCAAUGGCACCUGUAUUUGUGCAGAAGGGCAAUUUGGUGAAUUCUGUCAAAACGAUCUGAAACCUGAAGGUAAUCAAGACGUUGUAAAAUUGUUGGCAACCGUUCUUCCCUCCAUGGUCGUAGUCGGUUGUAUCGUGGUUUCGAUUUUGGUAAAACUGUACUCAAACCACGCAGAAUACACAACAGUGGACUUGGAGAUGGAAACCCUUUCGCCAUGGGAACUGGAGAAAGAGGACAUUAGUUUCGAACAUAUGAUCGGUGAGGGAGAGUUCGGUCAUGUGGUACGGGCAAGACUGCGUGUGCUGGAAUUAGGCUACGAGGUCCUGGUGGCCGCCAAAUGUAUCCGGCCUGACCGCAUGACUGGGUCAGCCGUCCGCGACUUUCGGCGCGAAAUGGACAUCCUUGCCAGAAUCCACGAGGACAAAGAGGGACACCCGAACGUGGUCAAGUUUUAUGGUGUUGUGACCAAGUCAGACCCCCAGUACAUUAUUGUAGAGUACGCCAGCAAUGAAGAACUUCGGCGGUACCUGUGGAGUUUGCGUGAACAGUGCAAGAUCACGGGGGAUAGGAAACUGUUAGAACGUCUCGGUUUUGCCUCUGACGUAGCCUGUGGGUUAUCGGAGCUGGCACGGCUGAAGAUCGUGCACCGGGACAUCGCAGCCCGUAACGUCGUCAUCAGCGACAGAAAAGUGGCCAAGAUCGCGGAUUUCGGACUGUCGCGUGACGUCUACGUGUCGUCGGCGUACAAACGCACCGAGCAGGGCGGGGAGGAGGAACUGUUGCCGCUGAAGUGGAUGGCCGUGGAGUCGUUACGGGACGGGGUGUACACGUGUGAGAGUGACGUGUGGUCGUACGGCGUGCUGCUGUGGGAGAUCACCAGUUUUGGGGAGGACCCACGCUACGCUGGCGGUCCGAUGCACCCGGACGUCUGCACACUGUUGGAGCUGCUGAAGAAAGGCGUCCGUCUGCAGCAGCCGGAAAACUGUCCGCUGCCGGUGUACCGCAUCAUCAGAUCCUGCUGGAUAGUAGACCCGUCAAAGCGGCCAAAACCUGAAGAACUGUUGAGAAAGAUAGACCUGCUGAGGCCAACAAGGCAUGCUGCAUAUUGGUCUUAA